AAUAUCUACGAAGUAUCGAACGGUUUAUGUCGAGCAUUAACGAGUAUCUCUGAGUAUCUACGCGACGAACAAUAACAAAUUUUAUAUUGUAUCAAGGACUCUGUAUACGUAUAUUUAUUUAUUUUAAAUAUACUUAACGGACUACGACAAUAAUAUUUCGCUUUCGUUAUUUCACAACACUAUUCACGACCAAUCCUCCUCAAGGUACAUACGGUGAUAAAAAGGACGGAAAAGGGCAAUAUUUCAAUACUUUAUUGUGAUUAUUCGAUUUGUGGCAAUUGUAGUGUUCAAAAUUAUAAGUCUAAGUUAUCUGAGAUUCCAUCAAGAGAAGAAAGUUAAUACACAUUAUAGAAUACUGCAUCCGUCAUAAAUUAAUUUGCGAUGACAGCACAAUAUGAUAUUGCAGGCACUAAGCCUGAAAGUCUAAUUGGGCAUGGCAUAGCAAAAGAAUUUGUAAUAAGUGGAAUCACACCUAAUGAUUUCAUUAAGAUGCAAAGUGGAUUAGAGUUUGAUAUGGAUGAUCUCAGAAGACAAUUCAAAAAACAUUGUCCUGAUUAUAUGGAAAAAUUAGAGAUUAAUAGGCCAUCAAAAGCAGUAGAAUUUUGUUUCAAAGUUAUGAAUGAAAUUGGUCCUGAAUCAAGAAAGGUUAAGAAAGGGACAAGAGAUAAAGUCUGGAAAUUUAUAUUUAUUAAUGAUAAGAUAGAACAUUUCGUAUAUAUAGAUAUUUAUAAACGAGAAAAUGCACAAUUUUCACCAAAACAUGAGGAAAAAUAUAUGUUUUUAUUAUUAGAAGAAGCUGGCUUAUUAGCUCAAGAAACAUUUGCUAGAUUGGUACAUAUAGCUUAUGGAUUGGGUCAUAAAUUAAUGACACCUUUAUCUGCAGCAUGCUUUUCCAAAGAAGAUAUCGGAAAGCUGACAGCAGAAUUAAAUGAUACGGAGGUAAAUGUGCUAGUUAGUAUAAACCAAAGCACACAAAGUGGAGGGCAUUAUCUUCAACAUGGAGAUAUCGAUAUAGCUGUCUGUGCUACUAUAGCUGCAACUAGAAAUGUGAAGGAUAAAGGCCUAAGGAAAAAUAUAGUUAUUAAGGUAUUUAAGCAAUAUAUGAACAAGGGCAAAAUGCCCAAUAAUAGAAGGCUAGCUAUAAUAUCUAAAUAUACUAUUGGCGGUGUACCGGUAGAAUAUUCUUAUGAAGAGUUACUCAGGUCGUACGAAUCUGAAGAGACAAAAUAUAGUGCAUUAAAGAGAGCCAAAGCUAUACAAGAAUCUGCGAUCAUAGGUACAGUUAUAGUAUCUCCUUCUCCUGAUAAUCUUAGUCCUAGGCCAGGACCAGCUAAAUGAGGAUUCGGGCGGAAUAUAAAGACAAUUCAAGUCUCUGAUAGGUAUAGAUCUAACCUAGAAUAUGAUCCAGCUAGGUAUUACUUAUCUAUAUGUAAAUCAACCAAAGGGAUAUGCACAUAGAUAGAGUUUGUAAAUUAUCGAAAGCGCUUUAUAGGUUAAAAGAAGAAAGUCCGAGGGACUGG